AUGGACCCUGGGCCACCGCCGCCCGCCGCCCCGCCUCAGGCCCAGGGCCCGCCGUCCGCGCCGCCUCCCCCGGGCCAGGCCCCGCCGUCCGCUCCCGGGCCCCCCGCGCCUCCGGGGUCGCAGGCGGCGCCGCAGGCCCCCCCCGCCGGCCACUGGAUCGUGCACGUCCGGGGGGGCUCGGAGACUGACCUGGAGGCGCUCUUCCACGCCGUCAUGAACCCCAAAGCGGCCAACGUGCCGCAGACGGUGCCCAUGCGGCUGCGGAAGCUGCCCGACUCCUUCUUCAAGCCGCCGGAGCCCAAGGCACACUCCCGCCAGGCCGGCACCGAUGCAGGCACUGCGGGAGCCCUGAGCCCACAGCAUGCUCGAGCUCGUUCCUCUGCAGCUUCCCUGCAGCUGGGAGCCGUGUCCCCGGGGGCCCUGACGCCCGCUGGGGUCAGCUCCGGCCCCGCAGCUGCACCCAGCGCCCAGCACCUCCCCCAGUCCUCCUUUGAGAUGCCUGACGACGUGCCUCUGCCUGCCGGCUGGGAGAUGGCCAGAACCUCCUCUGGUCAGAGAUACUUCUUGAAUCACGUCGAUCGGACGACGACGUGGCUGGACCCCAGGAAGGCCAUGCUGUCCCGGAGGAGCGUCACGGCGCCCACCAGCCCCCCAGUGCAGCAGAGUGGGAUGACCUCAGCCUCAGACCCAAGACUUGACCCUCGUUUCGCCAUGAAGCAGAGAAUCGGCCAGAGCGCUCCGGGGAAGCCGCCCCCACCUCUAGCCCCGCAGAGCCCUCCAGGCGUCCUAGGGGGCGGGGGCUCCAGCCAACAGCAACAGACGCGCCUCCAGCAGCUGCGGAUGGAGGAGGAGCGGCUGCGCCUGAAGCAGCAGGAGCUGCUCCGCCGGGAACUAGCUCUUCGUAGCCAGUUACCAACACUGGAGCAGGAUGGCGGGACUCCCAGUCCAGUGUCCCCCCCCGGGAUGUCUCAGGAACUGAGGACGAUGAUGACCAGUGGCUCAGAUCCCUUCCUCGACAGUGGCGCCUACCACUCCCGGGAUGAAAGCAGAGACAGUGGGCUGAGCAUGAGCAGCUACAGCGUCCCUCGAACCCCAGAUGACUUCCUGAACAGUGUUGACGAGACGGACACAGGUGAUGCUAUCAACCAAAGCACCCUGCCCUCCCAGCAGAACCGUUUCCCAGACUACCUAGAAGCCAUUCCUGGGACAGAUGUGGACCUCGGAACGCUGGAGGGAGAUGGGAUGAACAUAGAAGGAGAGGAGUUGAUGCACAGUCUGCAGGAAGCUCUGAGCUCGGACAUCCUUAACGACAUGGAGUCCGUGCUGGCUGCCACCAAGCUGGACACAGAAAGCUUUCUCACAUGGUUAUAG